CCUCCUGUUCGGCAUAAUUCCCAGAUCGCCAUUUCCGCGGUCUGAGCCAGACCGAACAUUAACUCGUACAAACUACAAAAAAUAACACCGGAUAGAACUAAACCAGUAAGGGUAGAGCAACGAGGCUAACAGCCUUCACUGACAACAUGUCUGGCGAAUCAGUUAAAGUCGCCGUGCGAGUUCGACCGUUCAACUCGAGGGAGAAGGACCGUGGCUCCAAAGUAUGUCUCGAUAUGAUAGAUGCUUUGACUCAAAUUAGAGACCCUGAGAAUCCAAAUGCACCCCCGAAAGAGUUCACGUUUGAUUUCUCAUACUGGUCUCACGAUGGGUUCCGCGAAGACGAAAACGGUUACUUACAUCCUGAAGACCCAAAGUAUGCAGACCAGCGGAAAGUAUUCGAUGAUUUGGGGGCCGGUGUACUGAGAAAUGCAUUUGAAGGUUUCAAUUGUUCGCUUUUUGCAUAUGGUCAGACAGGGGCAGGGAAAUCAUAUUCUAUGGUCGGCUAUGGGGUCAACAAGGGGAUUGUUCCAAUUACAUGUGAUGAGCUUUUCAAGCAAAUGGCAACUAACACUGAUGCAACUGUUAAAUACCAAGUUUCAUUCAGUAUGUUGGAGAUCUACAAUGAACAAGUGCGUGAUUUGCUGUGCAAGAACAACCCCAAAGGAGGCUUACAGGUGCGUCAAAAUCCCAAGGAAGGCUCAUUUUACGUCCAAAACUUGAAGAAAGUCGCUGUGGGCAGCUACGAAGAAAUUGAAAGAAGGACUGAAGAAGGAACUGCCAAUCGAACUGUUGCAGCCACUCAAAUGAAUGCCACCAGUUCCCGCGCCCACACAGUGGUGACAAUAGCCUUUGAUCAGAUCAUGAAGAAUGAAAGUGGUCAGGAAACAAAGAAGAGUAGUAUCAUUAACUUGGUUGAUUUAGCAGGCAGUGAAAGAGCUGACAGCACUGGCGCCACAGGUGACCGCCUCAAGGAAGGAGCUAACAUCAACAAGUCCCUCUCUGCCUUGGGAAAUGUCAUCUCUGCCCUUGCAGACUUGUCUCUGGGGAAGAAGAAAGUGCUUGUGCCUUAUCGUGACUCUGUCUUGACCAAGCUUCUGCAGAAUGCCUUGGGAGGAAACAGUAAGACUAUUAUGAUUGCUGCGCUCUCACCAGCAGACAUCAACUAUGAUGAGACGCUCGGUACCCUUAGGUAUGCUGAUCGAGCAAAGAAGAUCAAGAACAAAGCAGUUGUCAAUGAGAACCCUAUGGACAAACUUAUCCGAGAACUCAAAGAGGAGAAUGAGCGACUAAAAAAGUCCAUGGAAGGAGGAAUUCCCCUUUCAGCAGCAGGGAUGAGCCCAGAGGAAAUUGAAAGGAUGAGAAAACAGAUGGAGGAGGAGAUAAAAGCCCAGCUGGCGAUAAACAAUGAAAGUAUGAUGAGCUGGGAUGAUAAGCUGCAACAAUCACGUGAUGAGGGUUCCAGCAGUGAAGUGCAGGAAAUGCAGCAAAAACUGAAUUCUGUGCCUCACAUUGUUAACCUGAACGAGGACCCUUUGCUGUCUGGUGUUGUCAAGCACUUUAUUGAACAAGAGGAGGUCACCAUUGGAAAUAAGAAGGCAGAGCCCCAGCCAAGUAUUGUGUUUAGUGGUCUGAGCAUUCAGAAGCAGCAUGCAGUGAUCACCAUAAAGGAUUCUGAGAUCACGAUUAAACCUGGAACGUCUGGGGCCAAGACAAAAGUCAACGGACUUCCGCUGACGGGAGAGACCCCUCUCAAACACAUGGACCGCAUCUUAUUUGGUUCAAAUCACAUGUACUACCUCUUCAACCCCAAGAACAAGGAGAAAAACGAGGGAAGUCCAGAUAGGGUGGACUGGGAUUUCGCGCAGAAAGAGAUCGCGGAAGCAAAAGGGUUCUCUACAGGCUCUGGUUCUGGCCAGACCAAAGAGCAACAGCUUGCGCAGGAGCAGGUUCUUGAACUGCUACCGCUGGUCAGUGAAAUUAACGCAGUCAGCGAAGAGCUGGACAAGCAGAAAACGUUUGAGGUUGUUCUCGUAUCUGGAGCUGCGCAAGGAAAUAUUGGAACUGGAACCAAGGUCAUGGUUAAGAUGAAGAAUUUGUUGAACGAAAAUGUCUGGCUGUGGGAUCGUGGCAAAUUUCUGAACAGAAGAUUCUUGAUGCAGGAGAUGUAUCAGAAGUUCAUGGACAGCGAAGAUAUCAACGUUCCAAAGGAGGAGGACCCUUUCUGGGAACCCCCUGAGGACGUGCUGAUUGGCACAGCGAAUGUGUUCCUGCAGAGUUUGGCAUACGCCCUCGAUUUUGAUGAUAAGCUAACUGCUACUGAUUACAAGGGCUCGGAGGAAGCGUCCAUUUUCGUAAACGUUUCUCCGUGUACACAAACAGGAAAAUCUCUUGACGAGGACUAUUUUGUUGACGAGCCUAAAGACCUGCUGGGCAAACCCUUCCACUACAAGGUGACAAUAAGAAGUGCAGACAUCCACAAAGCCCGCUUCAACAAAGGUGUGUACAUCAAGUACAAAUGCCUUGGCGACGAGGAAUUCACCCAAACCGACACAAAGGCCAACACUCUAUCGCCUGAGUUCAACAACUCUAAAGUGUUCUCAAUCCCGAGUAUCUCUGAGAAGCACCUGGAGUGGUUUGAGAACGGCUGCAUUACCUUUAUGGUGUAUGGACGGCAAGAGGACAGCAUUCCAGACCCGCGCCUCUCUAAAAUGACCACCAAGGAACUGCGUCAGAUGGACCACAUCAAGGGCCCUCAAAUGGGACCGCGGACCGGUACAAUUGUGGGCGCAGACGUGAAUGUUUCACAACUAAAAGCUGAGACCAUCUUAAUGAAAAGACAGCUGGAACGACUCCAGAACAAGGAAAAAAGGCUGCAGAAUAUCUGCGACGAUUUUGAAAAGAAGUCGGACAAAGACUACGACAAAUUCUACCGUGAAAUUCGCGCUGCCGCGUUCUACAAACCCGGGCAACUCAAGUACAAGGUCAACCAACUAAACGCGUUAAUGAAAAACCAAAAAGGAUCCACUGCGAAUGGCGGCCAAGUCAAAACCGAGCUACCUAAGGCACAAGAAGGGAGCCGUGCUUGCAUCAUCAUGUAGCCCUUCACUACCCCCCUGCGGCUAAAUCAUAACCCCCCCACACACACACACACACGGAUAAAUCAUCAUGUAGCCCUUCACUACCCCCCUGCGGCUAAAUCAUACCCCCCCACGGAUAAAUCAUCAUGUAGCUCUUCCCUACCCCUCCGUGGCUAGAUUCUCAUAUGCCCCUCCCCUACGGCUAAAUCAUAUCCCUCUCCCCCUACGGCGAAAUCAUGAUCUAGCCUUUCCCACGGCCGUUACAGUAAACAUUAGGUAUAUAGUCCUCUUGGGAUAUUUGUCAAUCUGGUGCAGUAAAACUCAGUAAACAGUAAACUCGACCGCAAAAUCUACAAAGAGACCUCACCCAUCCUGGUAAAAGGAAGAUAUCGUUAUGACCGUGGUAUCUCCACUCUUUAAAGAUAUAUAUAGGUAUGACCGUGGUAUCUCCACUCUUUAAAGGUACAUAUAGGUAUGACCGUGGUAUCUCCACUCUUUAAAGGUACAUAUAGGUAUGACCGUACUUGCUCUUUUAAAGCAAAUCCUCGUUUAAAUAGCAGUUCAACCAUAGCUUGUAUUUACGUGUAUUUACGUGCAUACGUCGCUUUGUCAGAAGAGAAUGUAUAACUUCCUGCGAUUUUUUUUAUUCUGAGAUCUCUUGUCGACAAUUUUCAACUACUAAACCCUUACUGGCUUCCGUCAUUCAAACUAAUUGAAUUCCAUGCGGUGUUAUAUAAUUAGUCAGUGACUUACGUAGAGGUGAUGUGGUUUGAAGCCAUUUCACUGCUGGCCAUGGAAUGUCGGAAACCAAUAGACAAUUCAGCUGUUGGAAGUCGUCGGCGUGAGAGAGCGGGAUAUUUAAACUGCAGUAAGAAAUGCACUAGUGCACAUUUCCGUUAGUGUCUGUCUCUUAACCGUAGUCUUUGGCAUCGAUUUAUCAAUGCACAGUCCUUUCGUAGAGUAUUUUUAUUACACAAGAAAUGAUUGUAGUUGAUUGUAAUAUUUAUUAUUUUCUAGCUUUGUAUAAAGAUGGUUAUUAGAUGUUGUCUUUGAGGUAUUUUGUAAUAAAGUAUAAUCUUUCACAAA